AUGAAUAUUCGCGCAAUUUUGUCGUUAUUAAUCUUUGUACUAGUGAAAGCCAAAGAUUCGGGCAGUUUCAUCCAUCCUGGAUUACUGCACAGUUCAAGUGAUCUUCUGCGCAUGAGAUCAAUGGUGACUGGUGAAAGGGAACCAUGGAACACGGCAUUUUUGUCUUUUGCAGCUGAUAGCCACUCAUCAUUGUCUUAUUCCAUUCAAGGUCCAGAUACCAUUGUCACGCGCGAUCGAAAAAUGUCUAAUGUCGGGAACAACCAUCUCGCACAUGAUUCAGUGGCGGCGUUACAGUUAGCAUUGAUGUACUCCAUUACUAGUAACGUAUCCUAUGCAGCACUAGCAACUAGAAUCCUGGUAUCGUGGACGAACACAUUGACCAUUAUCAAUGGUUCGGAUGCACAACUUGCAGCUGCUCUAUCAGGCACACAACUAGUUAAUGCUGCCGAAAUCAUACGUUAUACAUAUUCUGGAUGGUCUUCUGAAGAUAUUUUCAAGUUCGAAAACAUGCUCGUGAACAUCUUCUAUCCACCUACAAGUCAGACAACUCCAACCCUGGAGCAACAGUAUCCAUUUGAAGCUAAUUGGGGCACAAGCGGUGAGAAAGCAAUUAUUGCUUUCGGAAUUUUUCUCAAUAAUCGAACGAUGUAUCAGUAUGGAAAAAGUCUUAUCAACAGUUCCAAGUGUGCAAACUUGACUGGUACAAUCAAUCCCGAAGGUCAAGCAUCAGAAUCAGGAAGAGAUCAGGCGCAUACACAACUCGGUAUAGGAAACCUAGGAGAAGCCUUCCAAAUGGCAUGGAACCAAGGCGAAGACUUGUUUUCACUUGUUGAUAAUCGUUUAUUAGCUGGCUUUGAAUACACAGCAAAAUACAAUCUUGGUUACACGGUUCCUUACAAUGAGAGCUUCUAUCGAUGCGACGCUUUCCUAGUUGGCGGACCCUGGCCAAUCAUUUCAAACACCACUCGUGGUAUGUGGCGUCCUAUCUGGGAACUUCCGUAUGCUCACUAUGGUUCGAUUAAAGGUUUAUCAAUGCCAUUUACUCUCCAGCAAAUCAAACGCAAUUCUCCUGAUGGACCUAAUCCCGCCAAUGCGAUCGCGGACAAUGCGGCCUGGGAGACUUUACGCUUUCGUCUCGAUCCAACCCUGUAA